UUGGAAGAAUGAGAGAGAUUGCAGGGUUGGGUGGGUGAAUUCCCGUUAGCUUUGGCAGGCCCUCGGAAGCCUCGUGUCGCAGAUUUAAUGGUGUGGUGACCGUGCACCCUGACCUUUCCCAUCCCUUGCCCUGCUCCUCCUCCCUUGGCGCCUCGUGAUCAGCAGGAGGAGGAGGCGGAGGAGGAGCCAAUCUCGAUCCCCUCGAGGUAGAAGAAACGGAACCCCCUGGGAGUGGGUUGGAACAGGAAGAGCAACUGCAGCAACAGCAACCGCAGCAGUAGAAGAGAUCAUUGCCGGCCCAACUUGUCCUCGUUAUGCUAUCGAUCUCAAGGAGUUGUGGAGCCAGAAAGGAAAAGGGAAAGGUAGGCAGAGCAGACCCAUUUCCUUUGAUCCCCCUCGAUCCCGUCUUCUCUCUAAAGCUUCUUUUGGUCACCCGGGAAUCUCCCUCCCCUCCCUCCUUGCAUGGGUCUUUGACGAGGGAUUCUUGAGAUCGGAAGGAGGGUUUGUGCUACGAUGACGACGACGAUGUUGUUGUUUGAUUCCUGUUGAUGUUCACGUUUGUAGCAUAUGUGCUUAGGGUCUUUGACGAGGGAUUCUUGAGAUCGGAAGAAGCGUUUGUGCUACGAUGACGACGACGAUGGUGGUGGCGUCGCGGAGAGGAGACUUGAACCUAAACCACGCGCCGCUGCCGGACUACGAGGAGCAGGUGAAGGAGGGACUCAAGCAAGCCAUGGUUGAGCACGACACCCUCUUCAAGCAUCAGGUGCGGGAGCUCCAUCGCUUGUAUUGGACGCAGAAGAAAAUGAUGAACGAGGCUUGCUGGAGACGAUCUGAUUUGGUAUCGCCUCGUGAGGCACGAGUCGGAUGCAAGUUACUGGGCGAGAAGAAAACCGGCGACGUGCCAUCUCGCUGGCUCACGGUGAAUUCGAUGGAGAUGCGGAACACCACAACAGAAUUUAAUGCUAAUGAUAGGAGCUACAGUCUUCAGCUUCCAGCUAAUGUCAAUAGUUCAUCUGGCGUCAAACCUCUGGCAAAUAAUGCUGCAAAUAGGAGUCUUUCUCAAAUUUCUGCUUCAUCUCACUUUUGUUCGGUAGCUGCAAUGCAGAGUGAAUCUGGUCAUAGGCGGACAGAGAGGUUUUCCCAUGCAGAGCCUCAGACUGGAAGAUGGCAAGAGGAGAGCUUCCUCUACCCAGAUGGAUUAGAAGAAUAUGGAGGCUCUCUCUCUGCCAAUUUCCCCACCAAGAAUCAAUGGCCACAACACAAACUUAUGCACAUUGACCUGAACAUAGCUCAAGACAGUGAAUCUAUAAAUGUUUUUCCAAAUACUGCAGAAACAUUUUAUUCUCCAUCAACAAGUUCAUCAGUUGUUCACUAUGGAGAUAAUCUUAGAGUAUCAAAUGAUAAAUACUCAAAAGAAUCUGAAGCAAGCAAUGAGAGCACAAAAGAAUCCACUGUCACAAAUCAACCUGGUGUCGUAUCUCCAGGUUCAGAAAAUUCAAGGGAGAAGAGUGCUGAUUCAUUGCCUCAUGACCCUAAAGAUUCUGAUACUUCCUCAGUACAAGCUUCCGGACAGAGCAGCAAUUUUAUGAGGAAGAACUGGGACCAUAAAGGAUAUAUUGUGGAAAAUGAAGUCUGCAGAUCUGGCAUCAGGAUCUCUGAAGAAUGUAGCAAAAAUUUAGUGGAAAGAUUUUCUAGUGCCUACGAUGAGCAAGCUCAUGGUGGUACAAAUGGAACAGUUCUAGCAGACUUACAAAAACCUGGAAUCGAAAAAAUUGGUUCAUCAGUUGGUGAGCCAAAUUUUGCUGUACAGAGUGAUGACAGAAAUAAUGUUCCAAUUUUCAGAGUUCACGAGGAACACGAUUGCUUGCAUGCAUCAUCUGGGAAGACCAAUCUGCCACCAAAAACAACUGGAGAUUUGGAAGAGAAAGAAACAAAUGCUGAAGGGAGUGAAGAUACCAUAUCAAGUCAUGUCACAAUGCCAGAUGAAAAGCAAAAAGAUGAGCUUAUGGAGUAUACUAUCGGCAUUAAGCUAAAUCGGUUAACUAGACACAGUGAAUGUACCUCAAAGAAGAAAAGUAUGGAAGAUCAUACAGUUAUCUCCAGUUCCAAGGAUUUUGGGACUACUCACUCAUGUUCAGUGAUGCCUGAAAAGAUUUGUCACAAACAGAUUCCAAAUGUUGUAGAUUCUGACUACAUCUGCACACAGGAUAGACCGUGCAGUUCUGAUGCAUCACAGCCUAGAGAUGAUAUGGAACAGCAGCUACCCAAAAUAGAGCAAGAUAAUAUUAUUAUCAAGGCAGCUGAGAUACUUCUAUCUGUUUCUUCAGAGAAGCCAUUGUGUUCAAUGGAUCCAUUGGCUAUUGAUGGGCAGAUGGAAUUAAAAUGUGAAGAAGGCAAUGAUCAGCCUCAGUCUUCUAAUUCUUUUGAGACAAUAACUCUGAAGCUACAGGAGAUCAGAGAUAAUGGAAGUUCCAUCUGUGCUAGCCAAAUUGAGAGUGAGCCUAGGGAGGAUGGAUGCGGCUUUAGACCACGUAGGGGAAGGCGGGAUUUCCAGAAGGAUAUAUUGCCAGGGAUUAUCUCUCUUUCAAGGCAUGAAAUCUGUGAAGAUCUUUAUGCAAUCCAGUAUGACCUUAGGAAGAAAUCUAAAUCGACCUGUGAGAAGAAUUGGUUAGUUCCUGUUAGACGUAGGCGCUCAAGGCGACAUGGUCAAUAAUAGCUGCUAAGAGUUUCAGGGAAUUUAGAUUUUGAAUUCAAAAUUAUAAACUGAAUUUCUGUAAAAUAUAGUGUUUAGAUUAUGCCUAGCAUAUGUAAGUAUCAUAUCAGUUUUUGGAUUAUUGCAUUUGCUCUGAUUCACUCUCA